AUGGACAUCCGGGCAGAUAAAGAAACAAGUACGGAAGAAGCUGAACCAUGCGGGGGUGUAGUCCAGGGCCUAAAUGGCACCAUAGAGUCCCCCGGCUUUCCCCAUGGCUAUCCCAACUACGCCAACUGCACCUGGUUGAUUAUAACAGGGGAGAGGAACCGGAUCCAGCUAACCUUCGUCACUCUGGCCUUAGAGGAGGACUUCGACAUUGUUUCGGUCUACGAUGGACAACCAUCGCCCGGCAAUUUAAAAAUGAGGUUGUCCGGCUUCAUGCUGCCCUCUCCUCUAGUUAGCAGUGGAUCUGUACUGGCCCUGUGGUUCACUACCGACUUUGCUGUCAGCGCACAGGGCUUCAAGGCGAUAUACGAAGUCCUGCCCAGCCAUACAUGUGGCACGCCUGGCCUCAUUCCAAACGGAGUGAUCCAUGGAUCACGGUACAAUAUGGGAGACAAGAUCCGAUACAGCUGCGAGUCGGGAUUUGUGCUGGAGGGACACAGUAUUCUCACGUGCAUCGUCUCUCCGGGGAGCGGAGCACAGUGGGACUUCCCGUCACCAUUUUGUAGAGCUGAGGGAGCGUGUGGUGGUACACUUCGGGGCACCGCAGGUUCAAUAGCUAGCCCUGGCUACCCUGCAGAGUACGAGAACAACCUGGACUGCACCUGGUCAAUCCUCGCCGAACCCGGGGACACUAUAGCUCUCGUCUUCAGUGACUUUCUGUUGGAGGACAGAUAUGACUUCUUGGAAAUCAGUGGGACGGAGGCGCCGAGUAUAUGGUUAACUGGUAUGACGCUGCCCUCCCCGGUGAUCUCCAAUAAGAAUUGGCUCCGCCUACAUUUCACCUCUGACAGUAACCAUCGGAGGAAAGGAUUCAGCGCUCAGUAUCAAGUGAAGAAAGCAAUAGAGCUCAAGUCCAGAGGAGUGAAGAUGAUGCCCAGCAAAGACUCCAGUCACAAGAACGCUGUCUUGAGUCAGAGUGGCCUGGCAGGCGAUGUUUGUCCAGAUCCUGGAGUACCAGAAAACGGCAAAAGGAUGGGCUCCAACUUUCAAGUUGGCUCCAGUGUCCAGUUUAGCUGUGACGACAGCUAUGUUCUGCAGGGAUCAAAAAGCAUCACCUGUCAACGUGUCACUGACACACUGGCUGCCUGGAGUGAUCACAGACCUAUCUGUAGAACUCGUACCUGUGGCAGUAACCUACGGGGGCCCAGAGGGGUCAUAACUUCUCCUAACUAUCCUGUUCAAUAUGAGAACAAUGCACACUGUGUAUGGGUCAUCACCGCAAUGGAUCCAGGGAAGGUGAUAAAGCUGGCGUUUGAAGAGUUUGACCUGGAGAGAGGAUAUGACACGCUGACUGUGGGCGACGGAGGGAAAAUAGGGGACACGCGGAGGGUCCUUUAUAUGCUGACUGGCUCCAGUGUUCCCGACCUCAUCGUCAGCUUGUCCAAUCAAAUGUGGCUACACCUGCAGUCCGACGAUACGAUCGGCUCACAGGGAUUCAAGGCCGUCUAUGAAGAGAUUGACCGUGGAGGCUGUGGUGAUCCUGGGGUGCCAGCAUUUGGUCGUCGAAGUGGGGAUCGUUUUCUUCAUGGCAACGUGUUGACAUUUUCUUGCCAGUCAGCUUUUGAGCUGGUGGGAGAGAGGAGCAUCACAUGCCAGCACAACAAUCAAUGGUCGGGGAACAAGCCAAGUUGUGUCUUCUCAUGUUUCUUCAACUUCACAGCUCCAUCAGGGACUAUACUAUCCCCUAACUACCCAGAAGAAUAUGGAAAUAACCUGAACUGUGUGUGGCUGAUUAUUUCUGAACCGGGGAGCCGAAUCCAUCUCCUUUUCUCUGAUUUUGAACUAGAGCCGCAGUUCGACUGGUUGGUCGUCAAAGAUGAAGGUCUCUCUGAGCCGACCACGUUUGGAACGUUCUCUGGAAAGGAUGUUCCUUCACAGAUUGCCUCAAACGGACACAUCAUGAGACUGGAGUUUCAAUCUGAUCAUUCGAAUACUGGAAAAGGCUUCAACAUCAGCUAUACAACCUUUGGUCAGAAUGAAUGCCAUGAUCCUGGAGUUCCUGUUAAUGGGCAGAGGUUUGGAGACCAGUUUCAGUUGGGCAGUUCUGUGGCAUUUCGCUGUGACCAAGGAUUUAUAAGGACACAGGGUUCAGAUCAGGUUACUUGUAUCAUCCAGGAAGGAAAUGUUGUCUGGUCUGCUGCUGUACCACGCUGUGAAGCUCCAUGCGGAGGUCAUCUCACAGCUCCUUCAGGUGUCCUGCUCUCUCCCGGUUGGCCGUCAUUCUAUCGAGAUUCUCUCAACUGCCAGUGGGUGAUUGAAGCACAACCAGACCAUGCAGUGAAGAUACAUUUUGAUAGGUUUCAGACAGAGGUCAACUACGACACCUUGGAAAUCAGAGACGGUCCCUCAGCCUCCUCUCCACUGAUUGGUGAAUACCACGGAACUCAGGCACCCCAUUUCCUGAUCUCUACCUCCAACUUCUUGUUCCUGCUGUUUACCACCGACAACAGCCGCUCUGCAGCAGGCUUCAGCAUCAGAUACGAGAGUGUAAUGAUGGAGUCAGAUUCCUGUCUCGACCCCGGUAUUCCGGUUAAUGGUCGUCGCCAUGGCAGCAGCUUUGCGAUCGGCUCUCGAGUCACAUUUACCUGUGACCCAGGAUACACGCUGAGCGACCAGGAGCCAAUCAUCUGUGAGCAGAAUCACCAGUGGAGCCACGCUCUUCCUAGUUGUGACGCUUUGUGUGGAGGCUAUGUCUAUGGAAAAUUCGGCACCAUUCUGUCUCCUGGGUUUCCUGACUUCUACCCCAACUCUCUCAACUGUACCUGGACCAUAGAGGUGUCACAUGGGAAAGGAGUGCACCUGGUAUUCCACACCUUCCAUCUGGAGGAAAACCACGACUACCUGUCAAUCACUGAGGAUGGCAAUUUCCUUCUUCCAGUCGCCCGACUCACUGGCUCAGUGCUGCCGCCUAGUGUAAAGGCAGGGCUUUACGGGAACUUCAGCACUCAACUACGAUUCAUAUCAGACUUUUCCAUGAGUUAUGAAGGCUUUAACAUUACUUUCUCAGAAUAUGACCUGGAGCCUUGCGAGGAUCCUGGCGUUCCAGCUUUCAGUAGGCGGAUGGGAUUCCGAUUUCGCGUUGGGGACUCGCUUGUUUUCUCCUGUUUCCAAGGUUACCGACUUGAGGGCGACAGCAAGAUUACGUGUCUCGGAGGAGGGAGACGAGUGUGGAGCAACAAACUACCACGAUGUAUCGCGGAGUGUGGGGCCUCCUCAGUAGGGGCGGAAGGAGUUCUCCUCUCUCCUAAUUUCCCCACCAACUAUGAUAACAACCACGAGUGCAUCUACCGCAUCACCACAGAACCGGGCAACGGAAUCAGGCUGAUGGCAGAGAGCUUUGCCCUGCAUGACGGUGACUACCUAAAGGUGUAUGAUGGAGAGAACAGCUCAUCCCGUCUCCUUGGCAACUUCACCCGAGAUGAAAUGAUGGGAUACGUCAUCAACAGCACGUCCAAUCAUCUGUGGCUGGAGUUCAACAGCAACGCCUCUGGAAGCAAUCAGGGUUUCCGCCUUACAUACACUAGUUUCGACCUUGUCCGGUGUGAGGAGCCGGGUGUGCCCAGUUAUGGCUACAAGAUCCAGGAUGACGGCCACUACGCCAACACGUUCGUUCUGUACUCCUGCAACCCCGGGUACAGCCUCCACGGCAGCAGCACACUCACCUGUCUCAGCGGAGACCGGCGUGUCUGGGACAAACCACUUCCUUCCUGUUUAGCGGAGUGUGGCGGCCACAUAACUGGUGCAGUGUCUGGCCGUAUCCUGUCUCCUGGUUAUCCUGCUCCAUAUGACAACAACCUCCACUGUACCUGGACUAUAGAGGCUGAUACUGGCAAGACUAUCAGCCUCCACUUCAUUGUCUUCGACACGGAGGUCGGGCAUGAUAUACUGAGAGUCUGGGACGGUCCAUCUGGCCCAUCAGAGGGGGGGAUCCUUCUGAAAGAAUGGUCAGGUCCGGCCUUACCCGAAGACACCCAUUCCACGUUUAACAUCCUGACCCUGCAGUUUGAUUCGGAUUACUUCAUCAGCAAGCAGGGAUUUUCCAUACAGUUCUCCACUACCACAGCGACAACCUGCAAUGACCCAGGCUUCCCAGUAAAUGGGUCCCGUUAUGGUGACAGCAAGGAGCCCGGUGACAGUAUGACGUUCCAGUGUGACCCCGGGUACCAGCUCCAAGGGAAAGACACCAUUACAUGUGUACGCAUGGACAACAGGUUUUACUGGCAGCCUGACCCUCCAACAUGUGUCGCAACCUGUGGGGGUAAUGUCAGUGGUCCUUCUGGGGUAAUUCUCUCUCCAAACUACCCGCAGCCUUAUCCACCAGGGAAAGAAUGUGAUUGGAGAAUCCUUGUGAACCCUGAUUUUGUCAUUGCGUUGAUCUUCAAAAGUUUUAACAUGGAGCCAAGUUACGACUUCCUGCACAUCUAUGACGGAGAGGAUUCUAACGGACCGUUACUCGCAAGUCUCCAAGGCAACCAGGCCCCGGAGCGAAUUGAGAGCAGCAGCAACAGUCUCUUCCUGGCAUUCAGAUCUGACGCCUCGCUGGGCAUGUCUGGCUUUGCAAUCGAAUAUAGAGAAAAACCAAGAGAGGCCUGCUUCGAUCCUGGCAACAUCAUGAAUGGCAGUCGGACAGGUUAUGACUAUAAACUUGGCUCCCAGGUCACUUACAACUGUCACCAUGGUUACACAACUGUUGGCGGGGCCACCAUCACCUGUAUCAUGGGACAUGAUGGGAAGCCCGUGUGGGAUAAGGCACUGCCGUCAUGUAAAGCGCCAUGUGGAGGGCAGUAUGGCGGAUCAGAGGGAGUCGUUUUGUCGCCAAACUAUCCGCUGAACUACACAACAGGACAGACAUGCUCCUAUUACAUCACCGUUUCCCCUCAGUUUGUGGUGUUUGGUCAGUUUGCCGUGUUCCAGACAUCAAUGAACGACUCGGUGGAAUUGUUUGACGGAGCCAAUCAGAACGCUCGGCUGCUGAGUUCACUGGCAGGAUCACACUCAGGGGAAACGCUGCCAUUGGCAACUUCCAAUCAGAUCAUGCUUCGGUUCAGUGCUAAGAGUGGUCAAUCAGCUAAAGGCUUUCACUUUGUCUACCAAGCUGUGCCUCGGACCAGUGACAGCCAGUGUAGUUCAGUGCCCGAGCCUCGGUAUGGCAGGAGGAUUGGUUCGGAGUUCUCUGCCGGCUCUGUGGUUCGAUUUGAGUGCACUCCAGGGUAUCUGCUUCAGGGAUCCAGUGCCAUAAAAUGUCAGGCUGUACCGGGGGCUUUGGCACAGUGGAACGCAUCCACACCAACCUGUAUAGUUCCCUGCAGUGGUAAUUUGACAGAACGCAGAGGUACAGUUCUUUCACCAGGCUAUCCUGAACCAUACCCAAACAGCCUGAACUGCAUAUGGAGGAUCCAUGUCAGUGAAGGCGCUGGAAUACAGAUACAAGUAAUGACGUUUGCUACAGAGCACAACUGGGAUUCUCUGGAAAUCUAUGAUGGAGGAGACAUGACAGCCCCGAAAUUAGGAUCAUUUUCUGGAACCACAGCUCCCGCUCUGCUAAACUCCACAUCCAACCAGCUUCUUCUGCACUUCCAGAGCGACAUCAGCGUGGUGGCCGCAGGCUUUCACCUGGAGUACAAGACGGUUGGUCUGACCACCUGUCCAGAGCCAAUGAUUCCAGCCAAUGGCAUCAAAACAGGGGACAGAUACAUGGUCAACGAAGUGGUGGCGUUUAGCUGUGAACCUGGCUAUAUGCUACAGGGACACUCUCACAUUUCCUGCAUGCCAGGGACCGUGCGUCGAUGGAACUACCCACCUCCUCUUUGUAUAGCUCGUUGUGGCGGAUUGUUGUCUGAGAUGAGCGGCGUCAUCCUCAGCCCUGGUUUCCCUGGCAAUUACCCCAGCAACCUGGACUGCACAUGGCAACUCAUCCUGCCAACUGGAUAUGGAGCCCAUGUCCAGUUCCAGAACUUCUCGUCCGAGGACAACCACGACUUUCUAGAGGUUAGGGCAGGACCACAGCACAGCUCUUCCCUUAUUGGGCAGUUCACCGGCUCCCAGAUCCCACCCCCACUGCUAAGCACCACCCACCUGACGAUCAUUCACUUCUACAGCGACCAUUCAGAGAACAGGCCGGGGUUCAAACUGACCUAUCAAGCUUAUCAACUUCAAAACUGCCAGGAUCCUGCCCCAUUCCCAAACGGGGACAUCAUCAACAGCGACUACAGUGCUGGCCAGUCAAUAACCUUUCACUGCUACCCGGGCUAUGUUUUGAUUGGACAUCCGGUGCUUACGUGCCAGCAUGGGACCAAUAGGAAAUGGAACCACCCCUUCCCACGCUGUGAGGCUCCCUGUGGCUACAAUAUUUUGGCCGAUAAUGGGACGAUCUAUUCACCUCAGUAUCCCAAUGAAUACCCCAACUCCCAGGACUGCAGCUGGCUCAUCACUGUUCCCCAUGGUCAUGGAGUUUAUAUCAACUUUACCUUGCUGCAGACAGAGCCUGUCACUGAUUACAUCGCUGUCUGGGAUGGCCCUGAUGCAUCCAGCCCUCAGUUAGGAGUCUUCAGUGGGAACACGGCAUUAGAAUCGGCCUACAGUACCAGCCCUAAAGUCCUGAUCCGCUUUCAUUCAGACUUCUCAACUGGAGGAUUCUUCAUUCUUAACUUCCAUGCCUACCGUCUGAAGAAAUGCCCUCCACCUCCUGCUGUGGAGAAUGCUGAAAUGAUCUACGAAGACGAAGACUUCCAAAUAGGUGAUGUUGUGGUCUAUCGAUGUUUCCCUGGUUACACAUUGGUGGGAAAGGCGGAGCUUACCUGUAAGCUCAACUCUCAUUUGCUUUUUGAAACCCCGCCCCCAACCUGCCAAGCCCAGUGCCCAGCCAAUGAGGAGCGGUCCUCAUCGUCAGGGGUGAUACUCAGCCCCGGGUAUCCUAGCAACUACCCCAACAGCCAGACGUGCUCUUGGUUACUGCGUAUACUGCCAGGUUACACAAUCAGUAUCUAUGUGGAGAUGUUCCACAGUGAGAAGCAGUUUGACGAACUGGAGAUUUUUGAUGGUUCUGCGGGACAGAGCCCCUUAUUGGUCGCACUGAGCGGUAACCAUUCAUCUCAGCUAAACUUCACAUCAAAAACCAACCAGUUGUAUCUGCGCUGGUCCACGGAUCAUGCAACCAACAAGAGAGGAUUCAAAAUACGAUAUACAGCUGCCUACUGUAGUAUCACUAAUCUCCCACUGAAUGGAGGCGUGGUCAAUCGGACGAAGCUCCGCCCAGGAAGCAGGGUACACUUCUAUUGUAACCGUGGUUAUCGCCUGGUAGGCCCGAGCAAUGCCACCUGCAGGCUCCACCCCAAUGGCCUAUACCACUGGGAUAUACCUCCCCCUUUAUGUCAAGCUGUCUCAUGUGGAAUUCCCCAGUCACCGGGCAAUGGAAGCUUCCAUGGGUACCAAUACACUGUUGGUAGCCAGGUGACCUACCAAUGUAACCAUGGCUACCACCUGGAACCUGAUGUUACAACAACGUCAGUGUGUCUGGAGGAUGGCAGCUGGAGCAACGCCGCCUCACCCCCCAGUUGUCUACCGGUGCACUGCCCAAGCAUCGAGGAUGUGCUGACUGAUCACAUGACCCACCAUCUGCUGUCUGGUUCGCUGGGAGAGUUUGGCAGCAUGGUGAUGUUGGAAUGUGCAACGGGGUUCUAUUUGGGGGCGGGGCAUCGAACAAUGCAGUGCCUUGCCAAUGGGACAUGGGAGGGGGCAGAGGACCCAGCAACAUGCAAGAUAAUUUCCUGUGGUGAGCUGCCCUCUAUGCCUUUUGGUACCAAGUUGGGGACGUUGACCACCUAUGGAGCAACUGCCAUCUUCAUGUGUAAUCAUGGUUACACACUGGUGGGGUCACAUGUACGAGAGUGUGGUGCUAAUGGACUGUGGAGCGGUGCAGAGACCCGAUGUUUAGCUGGCCACUGUGAUUCCCCAGACCCCAUUGUCAAUGGCCACAUUAGCGGAGAUGGCUCUAGCUACCGUGACACAGUAGUGUACCAGUGCAUGCUGGGAUAUCGACUGAUUGGCACAUCGGUCAGAAUCUGCCAGCAGGAUCAUCGGUGGUCGGGAACAACACCCGUCUGUGUCCCCAUCACCUGUGGUCACCCAGGCAACCCGGCCAAUGGGCGGACCAAUGGCAGUGAAUUCAACUUAAACGAUGUUGUUAACUUCACCUGUAAUCGGGGUUACACUCUCCAUGGGAACGCACGCGCUCAGUGUCGACUCAACGGACAGUGGAGUAGCCCCCUACCUGUCUGCAGAGUGGUGAACUGUUCGGACCAGGGCCAGGUGGAGAACGGUGUUCGUCAGUCUGGACUGCGUUAUCCAGAAGUCUUCAGCUACGGCAUGAUGGUGACAAUCCAUUGUAAACAAGGCUUUUACCUGCUGGGGUCAGCCCUCCUCACAUGUCAGCAUGAUGGACGCUGGGACCGACCAAUCCCGCGCUGCCUAGCUAUUUCCUGCGGUGACCCCGGCGUACCUCCUAAUGCAGUAGUAACUGGAACCCGCAGCUGGACACAUGGGUCGGUGCUGCAGUACUCUUGUUUGCCUGGAGGGGUGUUGGUGGGUAACGCCACACGGUUCUGCCAGGAGGACGGCACAUGGAGUGGGGCACCACCUUACUGCACUGGUGUCAGCCCAGGAGUUUGUGGCGACCCCGGGGUGCCAACUCACGGUGUCCGUCUGGGAGGGGAAGAAUUUAAAACAAAGAGCCUGUUGCGUUUCAGCUGUGAGGCAGGCUACAGUCUUAUUGGCUCAGCUGAGAGGACCUGUCUCCACAAUGGAACGUGGAGUGGCACACAGCCUGUGUGUCAAGCUGUAUCGUGUGGUAACCCUGGAACACCAGCCCAUGGUAGAAUAGUCUUCAGUGAUGGCAUCACAUUCGGCAGCUCCGUGGCUUAUGCAUGCUGGGAAGGGUUCAAAACAUCAGGCCUGACAACCAGACACUGUACAACUAAUGGGACAUGGACAGGGCAACCCCCUGACUGCACUGUGACCAGUUGUGGUGACCCAGGGCCAAUAGCCAAAGGGAUCUAUUUAGGGAGAGAGUUCACCUUCAACCACACAGUGACUUACCAUUGUAACCCGGGUAAUUUCAUGGAGCCCUCUGGACAAGGAACCAAUGUUCUGCGAUGCACCAAGGAUGGGACCUGGAAUCAGACCAAACCCAGUUGUAAAGCGAUUCAGUGUGGGCCGCCCCCCCAGGUGCUCCAUGGGAAGGUGGAGGGAACAGACCAGUCGUGGGGUUCAAGUGUAAGCUACAGUUGCUUCCAUGGCUACCAGUUGUCCACUCCUGCUGUGGUCACCUGUGAGGGAAACGGCACAUGGAGAGGAGACAUACCGCAGUGUCUACCUGUCCUGUGUGGUGACCCGGGCUCUCCUGGAGGUGGCUUCAGAGAGGGGAAGAUCUUCUCCUAUAGGUCGGAAGUCAGGUUCUACUGCCACACCCCCUACCUGCUAGUGGGCUCCCCCGCCAGGGUCUGUCAAGCUGACAGCAGUUGGAAUGGCCAGCAGCCUGCCUGUAUCGACCCAGCAUUCAACAGCUGCCGUGACCCAGGAACUCCUGCCUAUGGCAUCCCUAUACUGGCUCAGGGCUUUCAGGUUGGCAGUAAGAUUUCUUUCAAAUGCCGCAAGAACUACCACAUUCUGGGUUCGACCACAAGAAUCUGUCAAGAAAACCUGACAUGGAGUGGAUCCCAACCUGAGUGUAUAGCCCAUUCCUGCAGACAGCCAGAGACCCCCAGUAAUGUAGACGUUAGAGCUAUGGACCUCCCUUCAUUGGGUUACACGCUGAUCUACUCGUGUCAGGACGGUUUCUAUCUGGCAGGGGGAUCGGAGCACAGAACCUGCAGGAAUGAUGGGAGGUGGUCAGGAAAACCCCCACUAUGUAAAGUUGGAAUGAAAGUCCCCCCCAAAGCCCGAGGAGGAGACUCUGACAUUCAGAAGAACAAGAUCCGCGUUCCAGUGGAUGUCUUCUCUCCCAACUCAGACUGGAGUGGUUUCUAUGAGUAUCUAGGGAAGAGACAGGUCGCAACAAUUACUGUAACCGGGUUCAACGCCACCAGCGGCAGAGUCAACGUCACGUUACUAGAGACCAGCGGAGUGUCAAUCAAACUGUCAGGGACCUACAAGUCAGAGGAAAACCAGUUGCUACUGAAGGUUUACCAGGUGAAGGGGCCUACGGAGCAUUACUACAGCAAGUUCAAAAACGACAACUGGGCUAUGGACGGAUAUGUUACUUCUGAGUCAGACCAGAAGACCUUCGUCUACCAGGGACACAUACACAGUAAAGACUUUGGCAAGUUCCAUCUUACCAGACAAGGUCCUGUAACCUUGGCAAUGGAUCCGUCAAACCCCUACACCAAUAGCAGUUCUGUGGCAGCAGCCAUCUUGGUUCCUUUUUUUGCCCUUAUCCUCUCUGGCUUUGCCUUCUACCUCUACAAGCACAGGACAUUGUCUGCUGACACAGAUGAUGACAAUGAGAGACCUAAAGACACCUGGGGGCCUGGCGGCAGAGCACGUCCCAAGGUCCAGUUUAAUGGCUAUGUGGGCCAUGAGAGUUCCAAUGGCCAGGCAUCAUUUGAGAACCCCAUGUACGACACCAACAUGAAGCCAACUGAGGCUAAGGCAGUUCGAUUUGAUACCACACUUAACACAGUCUGCACUGUGGUAUAG